GUGAAUAUUUUUUGAUAUUUUCGUUUACAUGUUUCACAUAAUUUUAGCGUUUAAUUAACAUCUAAUUGCAAUUGACUCGAUUCACAAUAACUAAAACAUUUCGUUAAUGUAAUGCGAAUGUGAAAAAAUGAGUUUUUCAAUUGAUGAAGUAAACUUCCUAGUGUAUCGAUACUUACAAGAGUCUGGCUUUCAUCACUCGGCUUACACGUUUGGAAUAGAGUCUCAUAUAUCUCAAAGUAACAUCAAUGGAGCUCUCGUUCCACCGGCAGCAUUACUCAACAUUUUACAAAAAGGUCUUCAAUAUACUGAAGCUGAAAUUAGUCUAGGGGAGGAUGGCACAGAAAUUCGACUCACCGAAAGCCUGAGUCUCAUUGAUGCAGUAACGCCGGAUAUAGUAGCUGCUAGACAAAAUGCUCACAAUGCACAAAAACAGUCAACAAAGGAACCUGGAUCUGGAAGUGAACAAAAUGGAGUUGAUGGUACUACAUGUAGUGCAGCAUCCACUACAGCCGGAGAGGCUGCAACACCCAGUGCUCCUGAAAACAUGGAGCUAGAUCAGUCUAUUGAGAUACCUGCAAGUAAAGCAACAGUAUUAAGAGGUCACGAGUCAGAAGUAUUCAUCUGUGCAUGGAAUCCUAGUACAGAUCUCUUAGCUAGCGGAUCAGGUGACAGUACAGCUAGGAUAUGGGAUAUGUCAGAUAAUCCAACCACAACACCCAACCAGCUGGUUCUGCGGCACUGUAUCCAGAAGGGAGGAGCGGAAGUGCCCAGUAACAAAGAUGUUACUUCACUUGACUGGAAUUGUGAUGGUCGCUUAUUAGCAACUGGCUCUUAUGACGGCUAUGCUAGAAUUUGGACCACUGAUGGUACUCUAGCAUCUACAUUAGGACAACACAAAGGUCCAAUUUUUGCACUUAAAUGGAAUAAAAGAGGAAAUUAUAUUUUGAGUGCAGGGGUAGAUAAGACUACAAUUAUUUGGGAUGCAGCCUCAGGACAAUGUACACAGCAGUUCUCAUUUCAUUCAGCACCUGCUCUUGAUGUUGAUUGGCAAACAAAUACAUCUUUUGCAUCAUGUUCAACUGAUCAAUGCAUUCAUGUGUGCCGACUUAAUGUAGACAAACCAAUUAAGAGCUUCCAAGGCCAUACAAAUGAAGUCAAUGCAAUAAAGUGGGACCCCCAAGGACAGUUACUAGCAUCAUGCUCUGAUGACAUGUCACUGAAGAUAUGGUCCAUGAAACAAGAUACUUACGUUCAUGAUCUGCAAGCUCACUCAAAAGAGAUAUACACCAUUAAAUGGUCUCCUACUGGCCCAGGUACACAGAACCCUAACAUGAACUUAACAUUAGCUAGUGCCUCUUUUGACUCCACAGUUAGACUUUGGGAUGUGGAAAGGGGUGUAUGUAUACACACACUGACGAAACAUACUGAGCCAGUAUACAGUGUUGCAUUUUCUCCAGAUGGUAAAUUUUUGGCUAGUGGAUCAUUUGAUAAAUGUGUUCACAUAUGGUCCACACAGACAGGCUCCCUUGUACAUUCGUACAAGGGUACUGGUGGUAUAUUUGAGGUCUGUUGGAAUUCACGUGGCACUAAGGUCGGUGCUAGUGCUAGUGAUGGAAGUGUAUUUGUUUUGGAUUUAAGAAAAUUGUAACAAAUGAUGUAAUUGUUACUAUUUUGUAACAAUAACUAUUUCCUAUUUAUUCCGUAUUAAAUAGAAAUGACAUCUUUACGAAAUCAAUAAU